UUUCCAUCUUCUUCCCCGCCAUUAAUGGCUCAUUCCUCUUCGUCUCCAAACCCUUCCCAAAACCCUACUCCGCGCACGCGCCUCUCCUUCUAGAACCUUCUGGAACCCUCGCCCCCGCGAAGGCGGCGCCGCCGCCGAGAUGGCCUCCUCCCCCUCCGCCGUCGUCCUGCAGGCCGCCCUCGACGGCGACCUCCACCUCCUGUGUGAAAUGGCCAAGAAGUUGGACCUGCGGGGAUUCAAGGACAUGAAUGGGCGAAAUGCGCUUCACUUGGCUGCAAGCUAUGGGCAUCUGGAGAUCUGCAAGUUCCUGGUGGAGGAAUCGGGCCUUGAUGUCAACUCAGGCUCUCACAGAGGUGAGACACCAAUACUUCUCGCCGCAUGUGACGGGGACAUUAAUGUUUUAAUAUACCUUCUUGAUCAUGGUGGUGACCCAGCCAUACCUAACGCGGGGGGCUUCAUGCCGCUGCACUACGCAGCAGAGUACGGGCAUGUUGAUGUUGUGAGACUAUUGCUGUCCAAAGGAGUUCAUGUGGAUCCUCUGAAUUAUAGUGGGGCCCCGCUGCACUUGGCUACCGCAAAUGACCAUGAUCAGGUUGCGAAGGUUCUGCUUGAGCAUGGUGCUGAUCCCAACAGAGUUGUCAACCAUGUCCUUUCACCACUCGUUGUUGCUUGCUGCAGCCACUCCUUGAAAUGCAUGAAGUUACUGAUCAAGGCUGGUGCUGAUGUGAAUGAUAGAAGUUCUACUGGACCAAGAACGACCCCUUUAGUGCUUGCAGUUGAUGAUGGAUCAGCCGAUAUUGUCAAAAUCUUGCUAGAGGCUGGAGCUGACCCUAACAUUCGUAACGAGGAUGGGAGGAUUCCUAUCAUGAUGGCAGCAGCUCGUGGUCAACGAGAGCUUGUUGAAAUUCUGUUUCCUAGGACAAAACCAAUUCCAUGUCUGCCAGAUUGGAGUGUUGAUGGGAUAAUUAGAACUAUGAGAUUCACACGUACCGAACCUGAGGAUGCAGUUCCUGUGGAAAUACUAGUAUCUGAUUCGAAGUUAAAUGCCAAGGAAGCAUUUGCAGAGGGUGAAUACAUUACAGCAAUCUACUUCUACACCAAGGCACUGGAAAAAGCCCCACUUGAUGCCACCUUGUUCGCCAACCGCAGCCUCUGCUGGCUGCGGCUGCGAGAAGGAGACGUCGCUCUAUUGGAUGCGCGACGCUGCAAAGCCCUGCGCCCUGGUUGGUCCAAGGCAUGGUACCGUGAGGGCGCGGCCCUCAGUCUCCUGAAGAACUACAGAGAAGCGGCGGCGGCUUUCACGGAAGCGCUGAAACUUGACCCUGAGAACUACGAGAUCAAGAUCGCGUUAAGAGAGGCGUUGGAGUGUCGGAAGAGAGCUGCACGCUCUGAAGAAGAUAAGAACCCUUGAGCUGCUGCUGCUGCUGCAUCAGUGCAUCACCCUUUUGACCUCACCUUUCAGACUGCCACAUCUCUGAUCUCACAUUCUCUCUACGUGUAACUACCAACGGCCUGUUUCCCAAACUAUCUAAACUGUUUAGCUGAUCACCAUGCAUCUGUGUCCUUUGGUCGAAAAAAAAAACGUAGUAACUAGGAGUAGUUCGCUGGGAAGGGACAUCCCUUGAGAGAUCAAAAUAGUUUCCUGUUAGUUUCCUGUAGUUUGAUAGAUUAUUGUCGAUACAUAUUGCAGCUGCACUUGUCUUCCCUUUGUGUGCGACUCUAAUGCAAGCGCAGACUGGCAGCAUGAUAUUUGUAUAUGAUAUAUGUGAAGUCCGGCAGUUUCAGUAUUCA